AUGGUUCAGAAUCAUACUCCCAUCUACCCAGUGGAAGUAAGAACUGCGGACUUCGCGGCCUACUGCCCCGCCGCCGGGGAGCUGCGGGCCGUGCUGCUCACGCAGCCCCUCUGUGCCGCCCUCACGGCUCCCGGCGUCGAGUUCGUGGCCGAGUCCGAGGGCCAGUACCGGGCCUCGGUGCGCUGGGCCGCGGGCAGGACGGAGGCCGUCAUGAAACGCUUCCAGAGCAGCAACGUCAGGCUGUUACUGUCGAGCGUGAAGCAAGAGGAAGCGGUUAUCUGCUGUGCGAAGCUGCACGGCGUGUCCGUGGUGGAGUGCCUGUCCUCGGAAGAAGUGGCCCUCAUCAGUGAGGUCACGGGGAUCUUGCCUUACUCGCCCUUUGGUGACACCGCAGACGGAGAAAUCACUGAAACCGCGGUGGCAACGUUUUGCCGGCCCCUGCUGCUGGGCUCAAAGCGAUGGGCUCACGUCGGCUUCAGCAGCGUGAGCAGCUUUCAGCCCCACUGCCUCGUCCUUUGCGGGCCGGUGGAAGGUGUUACUGAGCAGCACGCUGCUGCUUUGCAAGGGGCGCUCACAAUGCUGCAGCAGCUGUUCAAAACAGUCGAUCAGAGGGAGGAGUUCGAGGCAGAGGGUGGAAGCCAGAGCGAAGCCUCAGAUGUUUGCAGGUGCCAUCCUUCAGCCAUGCAAAAGCAGCUGGUAAUAGAAGGAAUUUCCUGUAACGGUAGUCAGGUUUCUGAACUGCAAACACCUGAAACAGAGACACAGAUUGUAGGUGCUGUUUUAGAGGGAAGUGAAAGUCCAGCCUGUGUGCAAACAGACUUGCAAAUACCCUCAAAUCCCAUCUCACACAUCAAGGAAUUCAGUGUUGUCACUGAAGGUGACGGAGCUACAAGGGGCAUAGAGGAACCACAUGUGACAUGCGAGCACCCAGGUGGCAGGCUCGGGAGCUGUAGUAGUGACUCACGUCUGGACAAUCAGGGGAACCACAGCACUGCUGUAUCCACAGCAGGUUAUGCUAAUGUAGCCACUGCAGGUGAACGCCUAGAUGUUGGCAAAGACCUAGAGAAAACGAGUUGCAAGAUAGUUCCGUUGAAACAUAAAGAGAGCUGUGCAAGCGCUGCACAGAAUUAUUCCAGCUCCCUCAUAGAAGCAGGUUCAGUUUUGCCAGUAGGAGGUUACUUUGAAAUCCUGUUACAUUAUUAUAUUCAGUGCUGUGCAAAAUGGCUUCAGCAGUCAGAGGUAACUGUCAUAUCUAAUGUUGUUGCUGAUGCUCUGCUAAGUAUCCCCAAGGCCUUAUACAGGACAGCAGAACAAAACAGCUUUAUGAAAUUCUAUCUCAAAACCAUAAAUACACUCAGAGAAAAUCAGCCACUACUGGUGAAUGAGAAAGGCUUAGAAUCAGUGUAUUGCAAAUACCAGUUAGUCACUUCAGUUCUUCAUUGUGUUACAGAGCUUCUCUCCAUAGAUUUAAUAGUUGGUGUUCAGCGGCCGCUGCAAAAAAUGGAGGAUAAUUACUCAGAAGAUGACUUCUGA